AUGACUGAGUAUGUGUUUGAUGUGGUCAGAUUUAACCUAACUGUUUUUCCCCUUUAUACCUUUUCUAGUAAUUUGCAUGGCAGCAUCCUCUUCCUCACCUGCAUCAGUGUGCAGCGCUAUGUGGGCAUCUGCCAUCCAAUGGCGAUGUGGCAAAAGCAGGGCGGUCGCAGGCUGGCGUGGUGUAUCUGUGGAGGAGUCUGGCUGGUGGUCGCCGUCCUGUGCGCUCCGACGUUUCACUUUGCCGCCACGGGGAUCCAGAGGAACCGCACGGUGUGUUAUGAUCUGAGCACGCCAAAGAACUCGCUGGCCUACUAUCCGUACGGCAUGGCUCUGACCUGCCUCGGCUUCAUGUUGCCCUUCAUGGGUGUGAUGGUGUGCUACUUUCGCAUGGCCCAGGUCCUCUGCCGCCCGGUGUCCUACCAAGGGGUUUCCAGGGCGACCGGGGAGAAGAGGGACAAGGCGGUGAAGCUGAUCAUCAUUGUGGCAACAGUGUUCUGCAUCAGCUUCCUGCCGUUUCACCUCACAAAGACCAUGUACCUGGUGGUGCGUACCCUGCCCGCGGCGCCCUGCAACACUAGAAACUUGUUCUCCAUCAUCUAUAAAAGCACCCGGCCGUUUGCCAGCAUAAACAGCUUUCUGGACCCUAUUCUGUUUUACUUCACUCAGCCACGCUAUCGCCAGAGCACCAGAAGGUUUAUGCGCAAAGUCACCACCCUCAGAGACAAGGGCACCAGCGUGUGAGAGUGCGAUAAAGCCUUCCUGCUAUUCACCUGUGGUGGAUCCUGUGAGGAUGUAAAGUGGUACAUGUAGUGGUUGCUGGGUUUCCCUGUGCAUGUUCUGAAGCAAGACCUUAUGUGAUUUUAACAACAACUCACUGCAACAAAGAAUCAUACCAUCCUCAGAGGGUCGAAAAUAUUAAAAUGCACUGGUAUUUCAAUAAGACUUUUGAAAUGAAGGUUGAAAUCUUGUUGUAUGAGAAAGAAACAAACUGAGAAAAGAGAAAUUACCAGACCUGAAAUUAAAAAUCCAUAUUCUCUUACCUAUAAAACCUUGAGUUUGCAUUGACCACCACAGUGUAUUUCAAUGAGGAAAUUUGGCAUUUGGGGCACAACUAAGUUAAUGAAUAUUGUAGCAGAGAAGUGCUGUCAGCAGAACACGCAGUCACAGUCUGCAUUUUCAUUAUCUGUGAAAUGUUUACUCUCUUUCUUUAUUGUGUUUUGUAAGUACUAUUUUGUUACAAACUGUGAGCUGCAGUAUAAAAUAUAUAGAUCUAAUAAUAUUGCUCUUACGUGAAAAGACGUGGGGUGUCUUCCACUUGAGCAGGCCCGAAAAGAUGAUUUUGAAAAAGGACACAAAGCCAUGUAAAAUGCUCAAAGCAUAUGUUUAUAUAUGACUGCAUGGUAGAAUUGCAUGAAGCACUUGUGUGAGGAAAUGUUCCUUUUAAUAUAGCGAAUUAGACUUUCUAAUGAAGGUUUCUCCUGUGCUUCCCCUAAAGGACUUGUUUUUUCCUCUUUUCACCACUGGAUGUUGUUUGAACCACAGUGCUGUAAUCACACUGCAGUUAAAUGCUCUGUUCUUUCUAUAAAUGGUAAGGUCAUUAACAUGUUUUCCAGUAAGGAUACAUUCUUAGUCACUACAGUACAUCCAGAGAUAAACUGAUGCCAACAACACUUUAUUAUCCAGCUCAUACCACAGUACAACAGGACAUCAGUCUACAGUGUUCUCCAUGUGUGUUUACAAUGAUCCAGUGAGUUGUGCUAAUGUUAAAACAUUUAGGAGUUGUUAUCAGAUGCAUUAGAUGCUACUUUAAGGGCAGGGUCUAAAUGUGGGCUCAACCCUGCAGAUUUCAACUUCCUGUUAGUGUGUGAAACCUUCCCAUGAAAUUCGUAUUUAUUUUCCAAGAAAUUGCCUCUGCAGUUAAACGUUUGGUGGUAUAAAAGGAAAAGCGACAUUUAACAAAAGGAACUUUGCUCUUAAAGAGGUUCUCUACAGUGCAUGUAAAUAGUUUGUACAGAUUUGACAGUUGGAGUUAUACCAAGUUAAUGAGAUGUGAGCGUUCAUGAAAUGAACAUAAAUUUAAUUUAAGUUAAGUUUCUUUUUUUAUCUUGCACUUGUUUUUCUGAUUACUUUUGCAGGAGUAUUUGUAACCCAAAUCUUGCAUCAAACUCUCUCAGACCUGAGAUCAGAAGCUCAUCUCACUCUCUCUGAUUUGACAAUCUGAUUUUGAAGUUGAAUGAAAUUACUAAAGAAAUCCUAAAAGUGCCAACAACUUAUGAACUUUAAAAUAUAUAAUUUUGGCAGCUUUACUUCUUAAACACUGCAGCAACUGUUUAAGUUUUGCACCCAUGGGGGGAAGAAAUGUUGUGUAUAUUGUUUAAUGUGAACAUGUUAUUUCCAUGACCCAAAAUAUGAGAUCAUCUACCUAAAUAAGAGCUUCAUAAUGAUGUGUAUGUGUGCAGAAUGCAUAUUGAGUAAUAUAGUAUACUGUAUGUUACGCUCAUGGCUACAGCAUUAAGUGAAUGCACAGGUCUUGUUGUUUGUGUGUCUGUUUGGAUGAAUAUUUUCGAAGUCUAAUGUUUUUUCUGCAUCAGUCUGAAAUAUGUGUGUGUCUUUGUCUUUUAUGACGUCUUUGCACUGUGCCAAAAUAUUUGUGUCAGACAGUAUUAUUUAGAAUAGUUAUUUUUGUGUUCGUAAUACCGUACCACAGUAUCAGGAAUAGAUUUUAUUUUUGUUAAAUAGAUAUAAUUAUGUUGAGGAACAAGUAGAAAUUGUGUUUUUAUGUCUAUUAUUUUUCUUACUACCAUGCAUCCCAUUGAGUUGCUUGUGUAAAUGGAUGUUGUCAUAAUGGAAUUAAAAAAAGUCACACAGCAUAACACAAAUGCCUUGUACUACUUCCUCCAGAUAAAAGUGUUUUUUUAUAUUGUCCUUUUCACACUCAACAUGAACUGUGACACUCCUCUGUAAAGCUCUAUUUCACCAGAAAGUACAAUCAUUAACUUUGUACAUAAUACA